UGUACAUCUCAAGUCCCAAAUGCCGCCACAAGCGAGUAAGAAAGACAGAACAUGAGCGUUUUUUAAUUAAGACUAUUUGGCUCGGAGUCCGAAGUGUUCUAUAUCUGCCAACAAGCCAUCAGUCUAUCAGAGGGUCGCGAACGCCUGACAUCCUCUGUGUAAAUUAGAUUCGUUCGCAUAUACAGUUACAAGUGUUAUUUACUUAAUUGCUAAGAAGUGCACGCAAUUCCAGUUUGUUAGACGCUUACAACGAAAAUGCGAACCGUCUGACGAUUUCUGAGAUGGCGAACGAAAACGUUAAACUGAAGCCUUUGGGCACCAACAAAUACACGGAUGGGGAAGGAGGUGGAGAUGGAAAUUCUCCAAGUUCGAACGAGGAUUACGACCCUCACCUUUACAGGGAGGUGGAGAAUCCUACCACGAAUAUUGAGACUCUCAUUCAUUUGCUCAAAGGCUGUCUAGGGACUGGCAUUCUGGCGAUGCCCGAAGCUUUCAAAAACUCGGGGCUUUUAAAUGGAUUGGUCUCGACCUUUCUCAUUGGUGCUCUUUGUACAUACUGUUUACACGUUCUAGUUAAAGCUCAAUAUGUUAUGUGCAAACGGCUGAGAGUUCCAAUUUUGAGCUACCCGCAAUCGAUGAAAGUUGCACUAGAGUCAGGUCCACAGUGCCUUAGGCCAUUUGCGAAAUAUUCACCCUUGUUGGUCGAUUUCUUCUUGAUAGCGUACCAGUUAGGCAUCUGUUGCGUUUACAUAGUCUUCGUCGGCGUUAACGUUAAAGUCGUAGUGGAUCAAUAUUUAGGAAAAGCGAGUAUAACGAUAUACAUCCUGUGUACCUUUAUUCCAUUCUUGCUGAUCAACUGUAUAAGAAAUUUAAAACUACUAGCACCGUUCUCAACCCUCGCAAACAUCAUAACUUUGGCUUCUUUCGGUGUUGUGUGUUAUUAUGUUUUCCAAGAUUUGCCAGAUAUUAGCGAUAGGCCAAGUUUUGGGCGACUAUACACCUAUCCAUUGUUCUUUGGUACCACUUUAUUCGCCCUAGAAGCGGUCGGAGUGGUCAUAGCAUUGGAAAACAACAUGAAGACACCGAAAAAUUUUGGGGGUUAUUGUGGAGUCUUAAACAUUGGUAUGGUGGUUGUUACUGUUCUUUACGUCGGGUUGGGAUUCAUCGGUUAUUGGAAAUACGGUGACGAUGUUCAAGCUUCCCUCACUUUAAAUUUUCCAAUUCAUGAGCCAAUGGCUCAAGCCAUCAGCAUACUGUACUCAAUCGCCAUAUUCAUCUCUUACGGACUUCAAGGGUAUGUUCCUGUCGCAAUCAUAUGGAACACCUAUAUCGUGAAAAGACUUGAAGGAAGUAGCCAUCUUCUUGCUUGGGAGUAUCUAUUACGCUUUGCUUGUGUGAUUGUAACGUUUGUGCUCGCUUUGACCAUCCCCAUGCUGGGCCUGUUCAUUUCCCUCUUCGGGGCUUUCUGUUUGUCUGCGUUGGGUUUCGCGUUCCCGGCAAUCAUGGAAAUUUGCGUGUACUGGCCCGACAACCUCGGCCCAUUCCGCUGGGUUCUGAUCAAGGAUGUUCUCCUCAUACUGGUUGGUGUUGUGGGACUGCUCGCUGGGAGCUACAGUUGUAUAAGUGAAAUGGUAGCCGAAUUUCAGAGGCUGGCUGCUGAAGGAAAUUAGCACAAGUGUCAAAAUCAGUGUAUUGUGUGUUUGCUGUUUAUGUUAUUUUUAUUUGUGUAUGUUUUUCUUUGACAUGGAUGAUGUAGAAAUUACAAUCUAAGAUCUGCCUUUACAUCUGUCCAAGACGUUACGCUGUCGCAAACAUAUCAUAAUUGUUUCGGUAGUCUGAUGAUGUAGAAGUAGUGAUGUGAUACAUUUUUUAAUGUUCUGUUGUUUUAAGUAACGAGUUCCAGAAUAAAAGACAAAAUUGUUGUGUUGCGUUUGUGUAACUGUUUGUCCUCAAUGAUACGCUCAAAACAAUCACCAAAUACGUAGGAUCUUUAACAACCAACUUAAAGUAGGUAACGAGCAUAUUUUUAUUUUAGUCUAACUAUGUCUAAUGAUAAUUUAAGAACCGAUCUAGAUUUUAAAAACAAAGCUGGAGACAAUUAAUGAAUAGGGCUAUUUUUAAGUUCUCGACUAAAACGCACAUUUAUGAACAAAUUCUUAUGUAAUUAGUUGACGAUCAAUAUUUAUAAAUAAAAUUUAUUUGUAGGUGUUUGAGUUUACUAACUACCAACUCCCAACUUGUAACCAAAUCAUGCUAUGUUCAGAAAACGACGUGAAAUUUGUAGUUCAAUAUUUAUUUAAUUUCGUUGGGAUAGAGAUAGUUUCUACUGACAAAAUGUCUAAAAGAAGUAACUAGGAAUUAAGUAAUUAGGAAAUAUAGGUGAUGUAGAUCAAUUGAGAGUCGUUUAAUUGCAGUGGCUUUGUAGGGAUAGUGUGUGGCAAAAAUUAAGUGUAACGAAAUUGUAGCAAGCCAAUGAUUUGGCCAUAUUUUUAUAGUACGUUGUAGUAACAGAAACGAUACCAUACUCAUUUAAAUUCGUAUCAUUUUUUGAAUGUUAAGUUGCUGUAAACUGCUGUGUUCGUUAAUGUGUUAAUACAAUAUACAAAAUAUUCAGGUAGAUGUGCAAUUUCAGGAUUAUUUCAGAGCGCUGUAUUGCUGGAUAAUGAAAUAAGUGAAUCUUGUAAAAUUAUUUUAUAAAACGUUGUUACUUUCUAAAAAUACAUUGUUGUGUUUAUUGUGACUAUAGUUUUUUAAUAAAAUGCUUGAUAUGUUAA